ACGUGUCUGCUUUUCUUUUCUUCUCCUCUGCAGCCGAACAAAGCCCCCAAGCUGCCGACAACCCUCCCUUGAAGAAAAACCGGUAAAAGCUUGGGGAUUUCUCCUUCUUUUCUUGUUCUAGACUUCUAGAACACAUAUAGAACCCAGAAAUCUCUCCCCCCCUCUGCAAAAAUCCCGGAUCUGCUCUGCUCUGCUCCUCACCGUCGGCUGCUCUUGUGUGGGUGUGAUUUUCGGUCUUUUUGAUUUUCUCCUGCACUGCCGCCGGCUUCCCCUAGCUUGCAGCUCCGGUUUUUGCUGCUAAAUUCUGGAAGCGAAAUCAAGGACGGGGAAAAACGAGGGGAGUGAUGAGUUAGAAGGCUAGCCAUCUUGUAAAUUGAACAUAGAUUUUAGAUAUAAAUCAUGAUCUUGUAAGCUAGACUUUAUUUGGAGAGUUUAUAAAUUCAUUGAAUGGAUUGCUAGUUUCCAAGAGAUUUCACCUUGAGAUUUUGAGCUUAAGUCCUGUUGGACAUAGAAUUAUUUUGAGAUAUUUGAUUUAAGUUAUUGGAUUGUCAGAUGUGAAUUGGAUAAGUUCCGUGUCUUGUGUAUUUGUGGGAUCCUCUCAUGAGUGUACGGCGUCUGCCACGUCCUCGGAUUUGGGUCCUGGGGUGUGACAAUAAUCAUCAAAAUCAUAGGUACAAUAGUUCAUUGUUUUGGAAUUAAACAUGACAAAAGCAUAUCCAUUGUUGUGGGAUUAACAUGGAACACUAUGAUCAAAAGUUAUAGAAUAUAAUUCUUGUUUUAGUAUACCUGUCGAUCUUCUUGAUUUUUGAUUUUUGGUUCAUAUGGACACCUCUUUAGGAGGGGAUGACUUGAUUGUAAAUCUACUUAGCUUCCAUGGGCUACAAGGUGAAGGGGUAGUCUUUGAAAUACCUGAUGCCCCUUGCCCGAUUCUGCUCUUCUUCUCCUUUCUUCCCGCUGCAGCCACUCAAAAGAAAAAGAAAGAGAACCCAGCCAUGCCUUUGAGAAACCGAAUCCGGAUCUGCCUUGCUCUGCUCCUCAUCGUCCGGCUGCUCCUGCUUUGUGGGUGUGAUUUGUUCGGUCUUUUGCUUGCCGCCGGCCUCUUCCCCCCUGCAGCUCCGGUUUUAGCUGGAGAAUUAUGUGACCCUGCUUGUGGGGAUUAUACACCAGCAAACAGUGCGCCUGCCAGUGGGUGUUAGACGCUGGCCAUGACCUAUAGAGGAGAUGUCUAUUUCGUUCUCGUAUUGUAUCCGUUUUUCGUGAUUGCACAUGUUGGCAUAAUAUAAGUUUAAUAAUGGGCACUCCAUAUUUACUUACUGAGUUUAUCUCAUAGUUUUUCCUUGUCCACCAUUUCAGGAAGUGAAAUCGAAGACGGGGAAAUCACGGGAAGUGACAAGUUAGAAGGCUAGCCAUAUUGUAAUUGGAUAUAAAUUUUAGAUAUGAAUCAUGAUCUUGUAUUUGGAGAUUUUAUGAUAUCAGAGAGAAUUUUAUAAUUUGAUCUUCAAAUUUUGGUGGUAUCAGAUUGUGAUAUGAUAAGU